GCUGAGCAGACACGGGCUGGGGUGCACUCAGAAAUGGACUUCGAACGUCGCUUGGCACACAGAAGGUGCUUGGGCAGCGCAGGUGGCCCGGAAUGGGACUAGAGAGAUGGCUACAGAGGGGCUGCCUCCAACUGGUGGGGCUUCCAGGCCGCCCCGAGGCACCUGGCAAGCUGCUCUGGCCACAGUUGGAGGGGCUGUCCUGUCACAAAGCCCCCUGAGACAUGAUGUCACACACAGACACCACUGUCCUUGCAAAAGGGAGGGGCAGGGCCCCGGACUCCCAGACCUAGCUGGGCUCCCGUGCCCUUCUCAGACUCAGUCCCGGAGCCAGACGGGAGACGAGGAGGACACUGCCUGGACACUGGUAUGGUCACUGGGUGCUCUGCAGACCGCUGACAUCAUCGAGGUUGGCAACUUUGGCAAACAGGCUCGAAGGCUGUCCUCAGCAAGGCUCCCAAGCAGACUGAAAAUGGUGUUUGGACUGGGCUGCCAGAGAGAGAGGCUCUACAAGCCCCUGUACAUAGCACACCUCUUCAUUCUUGCAGGUGUGGUGUACUACUAUUUUCAGGGGCCUGUGGGGAAGACAGCCCCUGACCAUGACAUGGCUGAGGAGCCCUCACAGCUUGAAGGGGAGACCUUAAGGCCGGUGUGGGGGCCGAUGGAUAAGUGUUACCCUGUGACCACUCAGAGACGCAGAGUCAAGAGCGGGAAGAAGCAAGCCUCUGAGGCCAUGACCCCCAAGGCAAUGGGAGGACUGAGCAGUGCUGCCCCCACGGAGGAGACUGAGCUCUGGUCUCAGCGUGAGGGGGAGGUGAGGCCCCCAGAGGAGGAAGCGGCCAGCCUGGGCCCCGUGGCCAAGGAGGUGGCCGAGGAGCAAGAGGCAGUGGGGACCCUAGGCUGGGAGGUGAGGAAGCCUGGUGUCCCCACAGGAACAUCCCAGCGUGGGCCCUUCUGCGAAGCCCCAGGCGCUGGGGCAGGGGAAUGCGGGUGGGGGGUGGGAGGACCGUGUUGGGGAGGGAGAUGGGUGCCCAAACUGCCAGCCCAGGGAGGAAGGAGCUGUAGGGGGCAGAGCAGCAGCAGGAGUGGCUCGACCCGCCUCCCCUGGCCUCCCCUGGCCUCCCCUGGCCUCCCGGUCUAUGUAAUGUGGCUCCUGUCUCGUCCCACCACUGUGCCCCAUCCUUCCUCCCAGGUGAGCAGAGAUGUCGGACAGGAGACUGUGGCAUACCCUCCGGAAGUGUCUGAGGAGGACAGCGAGGAGGAAAGGCCUGGGGGCUGGGUCCCGCAGCUCCUGUGGAAGCUCUGGCUGGACUGGUUCCCAGCCCCUGACAUCCCAAAGACACAGAACCAUGAGUGACCGAGUGUCCAAUAAAUCCGGAGAUUUGCUGCUUCUGCCGGCCCACCACUUCCUUUCAGGGGCUUUGUCUAAACGCAGUGAGGCCUGGUCCACACUCCCUGCCCAGACGAGCUGCCCCUGAGCUGCCCCCACAACUGCUGGUCCUGCAGGGAGGCCCCCGGCCCCAUGCCAAAGGACAGAGCAAGUUCCCCGAGGGUGGAGAGCUGGGGAGCUCCAUGGCGUGACCACACUCGGAAGGUGCUGGGGGGCCCCCGUCAGGGGUGCUGUUGGGUACGGGGCGGAGGGGUGUUCUCUGGCGAAAGAGACACCCUGACCUCUCUGGUCCGCAAACAGUUCCCUGAAGGCACCAGGGGGUCUGCCCAGGACCGGCUAAGCGGGUGCCUCCCAGGCGCUCAGUUCAGAACCGGCCAGUUGUGGGCGUGAGCACAGCGGGAGGACAGCAGUCCUGCUCUCGGCCGGGGCUAGGGUCCAGGCUAACAGGGUCACGGCCCUGGAAGUCAGAGCAGGACCACCGGACUCAGCAGUUAAUCUGGUGCAAUCAUCCCGUUGGGUUAGGGGGAAACAGAAGCCCAGGACAGGCAGGAACCCGCCCAGGGCCACAGAGAACCCCGGCAGAGCAAGACUGAAAUCCAGGGUGUCCUCCUCCAAAGUCUCCACGUGACCGCCGCCUCCUCUGGCCAUUCCACUCUCACGUGGGUCCGAGGCUGACCCCUGUCCCUAGGGUACCUGGGGUCCCCAGGUCUCACUGCCUACCCCUGGCCAAGUCUCCUGAGAGCCUAGCUUGACUCAGCCACUCAGAGGGCCGUGCCCUAGGUUGGAGCCCCGAUGAGUGUCGUCCUCCUGCUCCAGCCUGGCCACGAAUGGUAACUUUUUGGCAGGUGCCUAGACGCAGGCGUCCCUGAGGAGCUGGGAAAGGCAUCUCACCUAGCUUGGGGUGACUGAAAGGCUUAGGGAGGUGGCUCACUCCUGGACUGCCAAAGGGUUCCCAGGGAAAGUUCUGGCACCAGUGGACUGAGCCCUGGGUGUUUACCUGGCAUCCCCCUUCAUGGCCAUCCCUGGGUUUCCCCACCUUUGAGGGCGUCGUAGAUGAAGGGGACAGAAGAGCUGGUGCUGGGGCACCUGGGUGGUUCAGUGAGUUAAGCCUUUGCCUUCACCUCAGGCCAUGA